CACAGACAAUUUCACUGCAUGCAAAAAGAACACGUGACACUCUCACAAUUGCUUGUUGUCCGCUAUAUAAACACCCCCUCAGUUCUGUAAUAAUCAUCCUCUCAACCCAAAUUCAUUUCACAUAUAAUCAUCUAUCAACAAUGGCAGACUACCAACAACAACACCAACAACAACAACCGCAGCAGCAAUCCAAGGCCGUUCAGGUGGCUAAGGCGGCCACGGCGGCGACAGCAGGUGGUUCACUUCUUCUACUCUCAGGACUCACCCUUGCUGGGACUGUGAUAGCACUCACUAUAGCCACACCUUUGAUGGUCAUCUUUAGUCCUGUUCUUGUCCCCGCCGUCAUUUCAAUUUUCCUCAUCAUCACUGGAUUCCUUGCUUCCGGUGGAUUCGGCGUUGCUGCAUUAUCCGUGCUCUCCUGGAUCUACAAGUACGUGAAGGGGCAGCAUCCGGUGGGAGCAGACCAGAUAGAUACGGCCAAGACAAAGCUGGCGAGUAAGGCUAAGGAGAUGAAGGAGAAGGCUGAGCAGAUGACUUCUUCGCAGACUUCUUAAUAAUUUCACCGUCUGUUGUGGUGGUGGUUAAUUAAUUGUUAAGGAUCGUGUGUGCGCCUUUGUGUUUUCAAGUCUCUCUUUGUAUUGUUUUGUGUUGUUUUAAUUUUUAUUGUGGGGUUAA